UACGAUAUACGAUCGUAUCCAUAUCCACAUGGGCUGGAUUCUCUGCCGAGCAUAUGACUAUGUCAGCAAAUGAUGAUCCUUAGGGCCGUCCGCGAUUGCUCCUCUGGCAAGAGCUCAGCAGCAGAAGCUCCCGCAAGCUGCAAGCUUGAUGGGGCCGUGUGGUCGGGUCGGAUCAUCCUUUUCCUCACGAACAGAUUGCAGAGAGAUCGAUUACUCUCCCGGGAGGAAGACUGAAUGGCAAACGGAUUGUAAGUUUGGACCUCGGCCAUGGCGUCUACAAGAGCCGAGCGACAAUCCCUCACAUCAAAAGGCUAAAGUCUUUCUUCGGUUGAUCUGGAGACUAGGCUUUGCAGUUGAAUUCUCGUCCGUGUUUCGCCUGCUGUGGAUUAUCACUUAGGACUCACGACGAAUAACCAAAAGGCCUUGGAAACAUUGGUGCGCAGGAGGAUUCCAGCUCUGGAACCCACGCUGGAGAUUUGAAAAAGGAGUGGAACGCAUGGACGUUUUCAACACCAUCCUCUGGGGGCUGUAAGUUUGGUUCCAUCAUCUCAAAAGUCUUUUUUUUUGUUCACUUUUUUCUUCCAGAUCUUUUGAAAAGCUGCUCCAGAUCUUGCUGCUUUUGGCAAAGGCCAGACCCCAUCCUGGAGAUGAUAAAUUGGAAACCAUCCAGCUAGCAUCUGGUAUAGCUCAGGAAAUGAUCUAAGGAAGCAUUGAGCUCUAUCCAUCCUGGCCUGACCAGCAGCUACCAGAUUCAAGUCUACACAGAUUUUGUGAGCCCGAAUAAAUAAAACUUCGAACCCUUUUCACUGUUCCCUAGGGUUUUCCGGGAGCAAGCGGAGGAAUGGCGUCUCUCGAGGAGCCUUUGAUCGUAGUCUCCGAGCCAGUCGCGGACGCGAUAGCCAGUCUCCCGGACGCGACAGCGAGUCUCCAGGACGAGCUCCACGUUGUGCCACAUCAGGACCACGUCGUACCACACCAGUGCCAGCAGAACGCGCCAGAGCGAGACCAGGCAUUCAAGAUAUCAGCUGUCCUUGCAUCAGUAAUUCUGUAUGUUUUGCCGGUUUUCCUCGCGAAAACAGCGUUACUCCCGGGGACUCAAUUAGCCAUAUUAUAUGGCACUUCGACUUUAAACUGCAUAAGCUGGUUUGUCUAUGGCCGAAUUGAACAAGAUGUGGUGGUCGAAAACGUGAACCUCCUUGGGCUCGUAACAGGGCUCAUGUUUACCGUGCAUACUGUCGGCGAUGUUACCUGGUGGCCUGCGCUGGGUGGUUCAUUCGUGUGGCCGCUUCUUGUUGCAGUGGCUUACUACGUUUUUCUCUACGGGUUGUACGGGAUCUUCAAAAAGGAGAAAGUGAAAGUGUGCUGCGAACUUACGGUCAUGGACAUCGUUGGUGUCACCACCACUGUCCUUGCUUCAGGGGUGCCACUGUGCUUUCGUGCUGUGACAAUGGUUAGCAAUACCACCAAAGCCACAGGGUCUCCUCUCGUUCCAGGGAUGGCAACGGCGUGUAACAUCCUGUGGGCUGCUUACACUCAUAUGGCAAAAAAGAAAACCAUGCGUGCUGCUAGCAUUUCAGCAGCUGUGCUAGCUGGAGCCCUCUCCAUCCUCUCGGUGAAAGAGAGGAUGCUUUGACAUCAUGCUUACUUCUCAGCU